CUUGCACAGACCCUUGGCUGUGCCUCUCACAGCCCCCUUCAGCUGGGCCCAGCUGCCGCAUGCAAGAUUGUACAAAGGCUUGCAGACCCGCGCCGUCUGUCUGACCAUCAUCUGUUUGGUGUUCGGUCGCUCAACCUUUCCUGUUCACGUGCACUGCAUUGUUUUGCGUCUCACCACUCGACGACAUAUCAACCGCUCGCUCCCAAUCGAUAACUAACGGCCGCUGACGUCGCGCCGCGUCUUGAACACUCCACGACUCGUUCACUCUGCACCAACACCGCAAUUAUGGGAAAAGCAGGGCGCAUCGCGUGCAUCAUCACGCCUAUGGCGUUGACAAUUGCAUCCCUCAUCUGUUUCCUGCUGGUCAUGGUCGGGCAGCUGGGCCACAACAACAAGGCUCCCUCGACGUCGCUGGGGCAAGAUCUGUACUUCUUCAAGGCAGACACAAGUAACUUUACAUCGAACCCGCAAACCAUCCUAAACAAGAUCAACAACGCCAGCGACAGUCUCGACAUCAAUAGCGACCUUCUCGACGCCCUGAGCGGUGCCGCCUCCUCCAAGAAGCUCAAGGCCUUCUACCAGGUCGGUCUGUGGUCGUACUGCACGGGCGAGAAGACCGACGGCGUCGAGAAAAUCACAUACUGCUCCUCCUCGAACACCCAGUUCUGGUUCAACCCUGUCGAAGUCUGGGGUCUGCAGAACACAUCGGUACAGAACGUGCUUGGCGAUGAUCUCCAGAAGGGCCUCAACACGUACAAGAAGGUUGCGGGCUGGAUGAACUGGGCGUUCAUCAUUGCGACGGUGUUGACUGCUGCCGAGUUCGUCGUUGGGUUCUUUGCCAUCUUCUCCAGGUGGGGAAGCCUGGUCACCACCAUCCUCUCGACUGCAUCAUCCGUCUUCGCCAUCGCCGCCGCCGCAACCGCAACCGGCGUCUACGGCGUGCUGACCGGCGUGUUCCACACAGCGCUCGAGCCCUACAACAUCGACGCGUCAAUGGGCAACAAGAUGCUGCAAGUCAUGUGGGUCGGCGUUGCCUUCAGCAUCGCCUCUGGUCUCUUCUGGACACUCAGCGUGUGCUGUUGCUCCGGCAAGAGCGGGCACAAGAAGAUGGUCGUCGAGAAAACGCCAUACACGUACGAGCGCGUUUCGAGCCCGGCGUUCGGUCAGCAGGGUCAUCAGUUGCAGAAUGCACCAGCGUUCAAGCCCAGUGGGCACGGGCAGAGCGGGACGGCCUAUGAGCCUUACCGCGGUCAGGUUUAAGGCCGGAAUGUUGGGGCUGCGAGAGAGGGUCUGUAGGAGUGGCGGACUAGGGGGGAGAAGAGGUGAUGCGUUUCACGACAUGGACGACAUUUGUGCGAUUCUUGUUCAUAUACCAUGGCGUUAAUGCGGGAAUACCUCGCUGCUCCAUGUGGCUGAGACGCGGACUUGCAUUUUGAGUAUCACAAUUCCAUGCUUCUAUCAAACACGUCUACUUCGUCUGCUA